UAAUAGCUUCUUGUUACUACUAGCCUUGUUUGGGUCUUACCACGGUGCUUUUUCUUUUUCCACCGUCUUGUCAAGGUAUGUUUUUCGUGCGGCCAUGAAUGCAACAGUGAUGCAGUGUUUCAAAUCUGAUAUCAAUUUUGGCUUAUUAUAUCCCUUCGUCGUCACAUGUCUCCCAGGCAUCAGGAUAUGUUGUUCUCACACAUUUUGUGUUUACGCGCCGUUCCCAAACAGCUGGAGGCCAGGGUAUAUAAUUGCAGACGUUCCCACCAACAUUUAAAUUCAAGGAGUUGACUCUUAAACAUAACGCUGACACUGUUGGGGGUCUAUGCUGGCCUAGUUUGGAAAACGGCUUCAAGCUUCGACCAAAACACAUUCCUAAGGCUGAUGAGGUCCUUUGCAGUUCUUCCAACGUCUUUUCAGGGUUGGUUUGUUCACUUCACAGCUUCUUUGUUUGCAAAAACUCUUCGUAAAGAAGUGACUACAUGUGAUGAAAUGCAACGAAGUGCAUGUAGAAGUCACCCGUUUCAUUCCUUUUUCUCCCAACAUGGAACCGCAACAACCCUCGGCACCAUGCGACCGUCGCCAGUCCGUGCAGCAAUUGUGGCAACGCUUUGACCGGGCCAACCUGCUUGCUUGGUACCCGGGCUUGAAGAAACGCGCCAAAAAGCAUAGCGUUUCCAGAGGUUACAAGCUUCACUCAAGCGAUGGGGAUGUAUUUCCAAUGAAGCAAGCAAGGCAGGCAGCGGCAAGCAUGGAUCUCUCCAAGUACCGCAGUGUCUUGUUGCUGGGAACAAGUGUCGCACGUGCGUUUGGUUUGAAGGGCAAGCUUUUGGAGGUGAAGAAAAGAGACAGUACCCGGCUGGUAACUUUUCCGCACCCGUCUGGAGUGAGUCACUUUUGGAACGACAAGGAGAAUAGAAGGAAGGCCUUGAAGGUGCUGAAGGCCGAGAUGAAGAGCAUGGAGAAGUUUUGAAGACGUGUGAGGGGGAACUGCCAGGGGUUGGAGCGCAGGCAUUGGUGAAUCCUUGCAGUCUAGCCAAGGAAGAAAAGGAGGCGUUUGAAAGUGCAUUGACAGGUUGGAGGCCAUCGCUUCUAGGUUGGAGGCCAUUACUAUUGAUCCCAAGACUUCCAAUUGAAUGGGAAUGGAGAGUCGAUACAUUUUCCUAG